AUGCAUGUCAUUUGUGGAUAUAUUCUGAGCGUAAUUGCCUUGCCGACGAUGUUGUUUGCGUCUAUGCUAAGUUGGGAUCCUGUGAUACCUCCGACGCCUCGAUAUGGUCCCAAUACAAAGAUGUUGAAACAGAAGAACAGUCCAGAGUUUAUUGAUUGGUCGGAUGAAUGUGGGUCUAAUCUAUGGGAACAUUGUGGACUAUUUGAAGGCGAUAUAAUGCUCUAUAAUGAUAGUCGCAGGAAUGGAUUGCUCAAUGAAAGUUAUUAUUGGCCAAAGGCAGUUGUGCCAUUCUAUAUUGAUAGCAAGGAUUUUGAUGGGACCCAAAUUGGAACAAUAUUAAGGGCUUUUGAAGAAUAUCACAAGAAAACUUGCAUUCGUUUUCGACCAUACCAGGAAGGCGAUACAAAUUUUAUUGUCUUUAAGGGAAACUAUUCUGGAUGUUGGUCUAGUGUUGGUAUGCGAAAAGGUGGUCAGGUGUUAAAUCUAAAUACUCCAAAAUGUGUAACACACGGUAUUGUCGUACACGAACUUCUUCAUGCAAUUGGAUUCUAUCAUCAGCAAAGUGCUACUGAUCGGGAUAACUAUGUUAAGAUUCAAUGGGAGAAUAUUCUUGAAAAGCAUCAACACAAUUUUAACAAAUAUGAUGCUGAUCGUAUUACGGAUUUUGAGGUUGGAUAUGAUUUCGGAAGUAUAAUGCACUACAGUGAAAAGGCAUUUUCUAAAAAUGGAAACCCUACGAUUGUACCAUUGAGAGGAGGAGUUAAAAUUGGACAACGUAAAGGUCUUUCUCCAAAAGAUAUAGAAAAACUCACUGAAAUGUACGAAGAAGAGUGUGACGAUGAUGAGUCUUCGGAAGAAAACUUUGAUUUCUUACAAGAAUUGAUUAAGUUUUUCCAACAAUUUUUAGGAAAAUAA